AUGGAGAAGGAGCGCGGUCACAUGACUGAGAGGAUACUAAACCUCACCCUGGAGAUCAUCUACCUGCUGACCGGAGAGAAUUAUAUCGCUUUCAAGUUAUCUGAUGGCUUGGUUGCUUCCAACAUGAUGAAGACCCAAAACCCCGUUAUAGAUCCUCCAUCUCCCUCCCUGAGAAAGACCAAGAAGGUUGAAGAAGUCACCAGCGAGAUGAUUGAGCUUCUGACGGGAGAGGGGGCUUCACUCUCAUCUUUAUUUGCAGACCCCGGAGACACUCAGAGAGACGUCAAAUCUGAGGAGGAGGAAGAAGAACAUGUGAGGAUUAGAGUGGAAAUUCCUCCAGAGAUCAACACAGAUGGUGGAGAGGAAGAUGGUGGCGUCACCUCUGGUUCUUCAGGACAAAACCCCAUUACCCUAAAUCUUCUUCCACCAGUUUGUGGAGAAGCUCUCUCAUUGGAUCCCUCCACACAUGGGGGGCGGUUUCCCGAUCACUCACCUUCCGGUACCCAUCACACAGCUCACAAAGUUGACGAACCUUUCCCAUGCUCUGGUGACUCUUUUGGCCAGAGGUCAGACUUCGUUUCCCACCCGCUAGAUCACAAAGGGGAGAAGCCGUACUCAUGUUGGGAAUGCGGGAAAUGUUUUCCUCGGAAACAGGAACUCAUCGGACACCAAAGAACUCACACGGCCGUGAGGUCAUUCACAUGCCCUGAAUGUAAGCGGAGUUUUUCCAAGAGAGGCGGUCUCAUUGACCACCAGAGAACUCACACGGGGUUGAAGCCGUAUUCGUGUUCGCAGUGCGGGAAAAGUUUUAGCCAGAGGUCAUCUUUUUACGGACAUCAAAAAGUCCACACUGGGGAGAAGCCAUUUCCGUGUUCCGAAUGCGAAAGAUGUUUUUCCCAGAAGUCCCAUCUUGUCUUGCAUCAGAGGACUCACACGGGAGAGAAGCCAUAUUUGUGUUCGGAGUGUGGGAAAUGUUUUGCCCAGAAAUCUCUGUUGACCGGGCACAUAAGAAUGCACACGGGGGAGAGGCCACAUUUAUGUGGGCAGUGCGGAAAAAGGUUUACCCAGAAGUCAUAUCUAGUCUCGCAUAAAAAAAUUCAUGAGAAAGUGAAGCCGUAUUCAUGUUCGGAAUGUGGCACCGGUUUUCAUGCGAGAGACCAACUUAUCAUACACCAGGCCACCCAUGUGGGGGAGAAGCCAUAUUCAUGUUCAGAACGUGGCACUUGCUUUUCUACAAGAGACCAACUUAUUUCACACGAGAUGACUCAUGCAGAGCAGAAGACUUUUUCCUGCCUGGAGUGCGGCAAGUGUUUCGCACAAAGAUCAAGUCUCAUCACCCACGAACAAUAUCACACAGGGGAGAGGCCAUAUUCCUGUGCUGAGUGCGGGAAAUGUUUUGCUUUGAAAUACAUGCUUACAAGCCAUGAAAAAAUUCACAAAAGUGUGAAGUCGAAUUCGUGCUCACAAUGCGGGAAAUGCUUUACCUCCAGGUCCUCUCUCGUCAGACAUGAACGAAUUCACACCGGGGAGAAGCCCUUUCAAUGUCCCGAGUGCGGGAGACGUUUCUCCAUCAGACAGCAUCUUGUUUUUCAUCAGAGGACUCAUACAGGGGAGAAGCCUCAUGCGUGUCUGGAAUGCGGGAGAUGUUUUGCCCAGAAGUCAGCUCUGAGCCGGCAUGUACAAGUCCACAGGGGACGAAGCCUUAUUCCUUUGACUCAAGACUAAUCUUCCUUUAUAGAAGAAGAGGCUUCUGUGUCAGGGGUGAGUGCU